AUGUCAACUAUUAAUGUGUCCAUGGGGUACUCACCUUUCCACAUGCAACUAGGACGGAUACCUCGCAGACUACCUCCACUAACGACCGAAGGAGUAAAACGAACACGCGAGGAAUUUCCAGCUGACGUGGCGAACACAUUGGAAGCUAUCAUGUCAUUGAAGACAGACAUAGCGGACGCUCAUGACGCUCUAAUAGCUACGAAGGUCAGUCAAGCUAACACAGCUAACUUGCACAGGGGAAAGGAACCCACAUUUGAUGUCGGCGAUCUCGUAUAUCUCUCAGCGGCUCACAGACGAAGAGAAUACCUCAACGGCAACAACAGAAGGGUAGCAAAA